AUGCCUGAGGGCCUACGGUCAAAGAGACCCGUAUCUGUGCCGCCCCCGCAUAAACAUGGGAAUAAAUACGCAAUUACUCCCAACAAGUGGUCACCUCUCAGUCUCAUCACAAUUGCUUCUUUCUUGAUGACUGUAAGCGCCUUCGUCUGGGCUCUAGUCUUGAAGGAUGGGACUGCGGUUGUUGCCAUUUUUUCAAUGUCGAUGGUGUCGACACUCAACGGAAUUGCUUUUUACUGGAAGCCCCAUCUCGCUGUCCGGCCAUCAGCUGCAGUGGUACCGAAGGGAGAUAUUAUCAUACGGACACGCGAGGGAGCGUUUAUUGUCGUGCGAUGCACAGAGGAACUAGCUCGCGAGCUUUAUACCGGUACAGAGGAAUGUAACUACACUCUCAACGACCAGUGGUCUAGAGCUCUGGUCGGCAUUGGGACGUUUCUGAUCAUGUUUUCUGUCGUGCUACUCGGCAAUUGCGAAUGGACCAUGCAGGCUGUAGUAUCUGCAGUUUACAUGCUCCUGAACGCCAUGUACUGGGGAUCGUCAUUGCUGCCAAAGCGUUGGAUAUGGGACAUGUCACGAUAUGAUUGGAAGGAUGUCACGCCCAGCAACGUCAAGGCUGCUCACGAGAUUGGUAGCGAUGGCGCUCAGCCAAGCUUCACACGGACGCUAUGGUAUGCUAUCCAUGCCACGGAGGAGAUCAACUGGGUGAUAGUUAGCGGCGCGGUUCCCCAGACCCAGGCGUGGGAGAACUGGCUUGAGCUUGCAUACGAAAAUCGUACAGAUCCAGACUGGGACGCCGUUGGUGAGAAAGAUCGACUGAUGGCCGAAGCGCGUCGAUCUCAGCUGACCCCAAGUCGAAAGUGUUCUGAUGGUUGA